UGUUUUUCGAAAGUGCCUGCACCUGCCUGCUCGAGUUUUUUGUGAAUUGAGGAAGUAAGGACCUCGAAAAAAGUGUAUCGGGAGUUGUUUACUAGUAAGAAGAAGGAGGAAUCUAAACGAAAAGUACCAUUGGUAACUUGGAAAAUGCCUAAACUGGUAAAACGUCUGGCACAGAAACAGGAGUGAUGCGCUAAUCACGACGCAAGCUCGAGGCAAGUCAUAGUUUUAAAACCUCUUUUCUGUUCAUUGUGUUAAAGAAAUAGAUUCCACUUUGCGGUGCGUCUGCUUAGAUCCCAAAAGAUGUCAAAAUGUGAUAAGAUCAUCAGUGACACACUCGAUCGAUCGUUUGCUGUAAACUUCCUCUUUUAUGCCCUGGACUCAUACAACUUCUUACGGGGUAAGAGGCAUGCUUAUAAGCAGACUGAAAAAAAGCAUUUCAAAACAAGCUACAUAGCAGUACUCAUGAGAGGACACAGAGGCUUUUUACUGGAAGUACCAUCCCACGCAGUGAUGUUUUCUCCGCGGGCAGCUAAUCCGACUUAAUCCCAUUUAAUAUGCCGCGCUCCUCGAAAGUGCGAAAAUUUUCUUGUCGUGUAUUAGAUUUCAGAUGCAUUUUCUGAAUCUUCAUUUCGCGCCAGAAUAAAUUAGUUUGCGCGCAAAGGGCUCCUAAAAAAAUUACAAGGUUUGUCCUACUUCGAGUCCACCUUCUGGAGAUACGCCGGCUUGGUAGCUGGAAUACAUUGCCGAGGCGACGAUCUGGCAUUUUUUCCUCCUCGUCGUAUUUUCUUCACGACAAAUGUUCAUAUUUGUAGUGAGAAUGCAGCGCAUAUCGGUGGAUUUUACUUCAUGCGGCUUGCUACUUCUGAAAGAAGAGUGCCGGAUUUCAUCGUUUUGUUCAUGUUUAUUAGUGUUGGCAAAUGUAAGGUAAAUGAACCGACCACUGUAAGGUAAGAAUUGAAGUUUUAAAUUUGUUACUCGGCGAAAAAUCGUGGAAUUGGAAUUUGUGAAACUCGUGAGUAUUACCUCUGUUACCUGAUGUCAUGCGAUGACUCCUCGCUUUUUCGAUGCGUAACACGGAUACAAGCGAUCAAUUUCUUUCGCAAAGUGAAGUAUAAUUUACUUAACGAGACCAUUUGACGAAUAUUUCUUGUUAUAUGCUUUAUUCAUAUUUGCUUGGCUUAUUCUGGCUACAUGCCAGGAGUUUGAUGUCAAUGUUUGUGUGCUAUAAUUAUGCUGAUAAGUUUUUGCACCUUUAUAUUGAAACUCAUGUAAGCCAAACGUUUGUUAACUCUAGUAAAACACUCUUCUAUUAUGGAGGAACUUUUAACGUCUUUCGGGGCCCUAAUAUGGUGUCAAAUUUUUGGGGGAAACAGAGCUUGAUUUUUGGCCAAACAGACUAUAGCUUUUUUGUCUUUGAAGAGAGCACGAGGCAAACGUCCGUGAGUACAGUGUAAGCCAGUGAUUCUUUAGGUAGAGCUAACAAACAUAGGCUGCACUUUAGGUGGCACACCCAUGGGUGCAGUGUAACCCAGUGAUUCCUUAGGUAGAGCUAACAAACAUAGGCUGCACUUUAGGUGGCACACCCAUGGGUGCAGUGUAACCUAGUGAUUCUUUAGGUAGAGCUAACAAACAUAGGCUGCACUUUAGGUGCCACACCCAUGGGUGCAGUGUAACGCAGUGAUUCUUUAGGAAGAGCUAACAAACAUAGGCUGCACUUUAGGUGGCACACCCAUGGGUGCAGUGUAACCCAGUGAUUCUUUAGGUAGAGCUAACAAACAUAGGCUGCACUUUAGGUGGCACACCCAUGGGUGCAGUGUAACCCAGUGAUUCUUUAGGUAGAGCUAACAAACAUAGGCUGCAGUUUAAGUGGCAUACCCAUGGGUGCAGUGUAAUGCAGUGAUUCUUUAGGUAGAGCUAACAAACAUAGGCUGCACUUUAGGUGGCACACCCAUGGGUGCAGUGUAACCCAGUGAUUCCUUAGGAAGAGCUAACAAACAUAGACUGCACUUUAGGUGGCACACCCAUGGGUGCAGUGUAACCAAGUGAUUCUUUAGGUAGAGCUAACAAACAUAGGCUGCACUUUAGGUGGCACACCCAUGGGUGCAGUGUAACGCAGUGAUUCUUUAGGCAGAGCUUACAAACAUAGACUAUACAGGUGUACAUCAGAUGGUAACAAGUUUUCCAGUUAAAACUUUGUCAUAAAGUGCUACACCAUGGCACUUUGACUAUAUCAUUAUCGCGCUUGUUUUGACGCACAAUUGAUAGUCAGGAGAAGUCGUAUUGUCUAAAACCAUAGCAAAAGACAAAUGUACACACAUCACAGCGUCAAGGUAAGGUAAUACACGGUAUUUCCUUCAGGUACAUUUACAUUUUCUGUUAGGUUAUAAGCGAUUAAAUCGCAUGCGGCGACGAACAAAACGCGAAGCCGUCAGAUAUUCUAGAACCGUGUUAUUUACAGUGCUGUGCAUUAUUAUUGCUUAACUAACUAACUACGCGCUGAUGGAAAUAAGUUUCGGCCGCUUUAAAUUUUGAAACAAUUCACUGGUACUGUAUAGUCAUAAUAUUGGAGCGGAAAGUUAGCAUGCGAGCAGGGCGAUUCUGCUGUGGUUUCUGUAAUGUAGAAGAUAUUACGGCAAUGAGGCUCCCAAGGCCCGUUCUGGAAAUCACAACUACAUGUAGGAUGAAAUGUAUUCUGCGUGCAAACGUCUCCUUUUCCAGGUUAGGUAAGUAAACCGUACCAACGGUUUGUUUGACAAAGCUCCCGCGAGACGGUUUCUUGGUGAUUUUAUUAAUUUUUCCUAUCCAUUCUUUUUUUUCAGCUCUAUUUUCACGGCUUUUGCCAUACAAACUAAAUUCAUUGUUAGUUGUGAUGGCAUUACACUGCUUAAUCAUGACGGCUUUGGAAGAAACUGAAUAUAUUGCGCUUCGCGAUUUCGCAAAAUCGCUGCGGAAAUUAAAAAAUAUUUUCUUCCAAAAAAGAGUUUUCACGCUUCUUUCUCUAGUCAAUUAUCUCGUUUGUCUCGUUUUCUAAAGGUCCUUGAGAACAGAAUAAGACUAUAUUUUAUUACCUACAACCUAAAAACCUGAUUUUUGACCAGAUCGAAACAAAACUGACCUCUGAAAUGGAAGAAGAAAAGCCUUUUAUUUUUGCCGGCUUCGGCCUGCCGACGUGAUCGUGUCUGGUUUGCUUUCAUAUGAUGACAUUUUCCUGACAGAAGGGUGUCGAGAGAAACACCUCGCGCCGAUCAUACGUGACAAAAUCCGCCGCGCCUAAGCUAAUUAAGAAAAGUCUCCUCGAAAGCUCCAUACAAUUCCUUAUAACAAAAUUAUAAGGAACUGUAUGGAGCUCUCCGGGAUACUUACAGUGCAAGCCCUGUGUGUCUUCUCAUGAUCAAAAUACUUUUUGAAUUUACUCGCCUUUUUAAGCUUCAAAACGUCGUAAAAAAUCGAAUUCAUUUCAAGAGACCUUGUCACACUUUUUGACGCCAUCUUGACGAGGAGGCAAACGUGUGAGAAAUUACAGUGUUUGUUUGAGAAUCUAAUGUCGAAUAAUUUCCAUAAAACGGCUGUUCUGAAAAAAAUGUGACUUGUAAACUAAAGCUACAACGCAAAGGAUUGUCCUAAACAAUUUUGGGGGCGUACCUGUGCUUAAAUUUCUCCAGAGGCUUGCUUUAGAUUUUCCACAUAUUUGUCUGUAAUUUUCCCGGGACUUUCUUACAGACAAAUGUAUAGAAAAUUUGAAAAGGUGGUUCUAGGUCUUCUAGUGCAUUUAACGCCCUUAAUUUUUUUCAGUAGAAUCCUUAGGAGCGAAGCUUGGAAGUUUACGGUAUUACGUUCCUGGGGUUUCGGAGGGGGUUUGGGGGGGUCAAUUUUGAAAAUGUGCAAAGUGUGAUGGGGGCUGAAGUUUUAAGACCGAGGAUUAGAAUUCUAUUUAAAAGUUGUUAAACCAUAUUAUAAAGCAGAUCCUUGUUUCCCUUUAAUAGAAGAAAAAAAUGCAUGUGGUUCUUUGCCAGCAACAAAUUGUAGAAUUAUUUCAAAGAAACAAGUGUUAAGUGAAUUAAGGCAAACUGUGUUUUUUUAAAAAUAAUUUCUUUUAUUUCUUUGCUCUUCUCUAUUAUUAAUCUUUAUAUUUCUUAGUUUACUGCUAUUUAUUUUUGGACCUUGACUUUUUGAGGAGUGCAUGUGCAUACAAAUAGCUCCUCCCAUCCAGUUGAUGAAAUUUGGGUUCCUAAAUAUCUGUAUUCAUGUACAAUAUCAAUAGUUUCCGUGCCAAGUAUGUGGAAUUCUAGUUCUGAGUUUUUCCCAGUCACCCUAGUCAACCUGGUCAUCCCAGUCGUCGUAGUCAUACAAGUCAUCCUAGUCAACCUAGUCACCUUAGCCACAUGAGUCACCCCAGUCACUCAAGUCAUACCAGCCAUCCCAGUCUUCCCAGUCGUCUUAGUUAUCUUAUUUAUCCCAGUCAUCCAAGUUUUCCCAUGCACCCUAGUCAUCCCAGUCAUCCUAGUCAAGCUAGACAGGUGGUCACCCCACUUACCCUAGUUAUCCAAGUCAUCCCUGUCUUUCCCGUCAUCUCAGUCAUCCUAGUUAUCUUAGUCAUUCCAGUCAUUCCAGUCAUCCCAGUUAUCCUAGUCUUCCCAGUAGUCCUAGUCAUCCUAUUCAUCCUAGUCAUGCUAGUCAUUUUAGUCACUCAAAUCGUCUUAGUCAUCCCGGUCACCCAAGUCAUGCCAGUCACCCUAGUCAUCCAAGUCAUCCCAGUCGUGCCAGUCACCCAAGUCAGCCUAGUCAUCCAAGUCAUUCCAGUCAUCCUAGUCAUCCUAGCUAUGCUAGUCAUUCCAGUCAUCCCGGGCACCCUAGUUACCCCAGUCAUUCCAGUAAUCCUAGUCAUUCCCAGUCAUGCUAGUCAUCCUGGUCAUGAUCACCUAAGUCAUCCCAGCCAUCCUAGUCAUUCCAGUCAUCCCACUCACCAAAGUUUUCCUAGUCAUCUCAGUCAUGCCAGUCACCCUGGUUAUUCCACCCGCCGCAGUCAUCUUUGUCCUUUUUUUCAAACAGUCAUAAAAUUUUUCUUUUCAAUGAAUUAUUGCUCUAAAUGCGCAUAAAACAUUUAUGACACUUUUUAGCUUUUUUACACAAGCAUUGUUUUAAAGUUAGCAAAUAUUUAUUUUUCGUCAUUGGUUGGAACUGUUGAAGGUACUAGUGGGCCUGUGAUGACUUGAAACUUACCGAAUCCUUCUUUUUCUUUCUGCAUCUUUCUUUUAGAGCAGAUACGAUACAUUAUUAUGUGAAGCACUGCACGUCUUGGUUUGAGGGUUUCAGAACCAGCUAAAUAAUAAUGUGUAGUUCCAGAAAAUAUCCAUACCCCCCCCCCAACCCCCACGGAAGAUCAUUGGAAAUUCCAAGGGGGAGGGGGGUUUAAAGGUAGUAAUUUCUGUGGGGUAGGGGGGGUUGACGGGAAACUUUUUUCCAAAGGGUGACAAACCACGUACAAAACAUUGAAAGCAAUGUACGCUCGAUCUGAAGCACAAAAACAUACCUACGUACGUUAUUUUGAAACAAAAGUCGGUACUCCUGACCAUUCAGAUGAGGUUAACAUCAUUAGCUUUAAUGUUUCUGUUUUUCUUUGAGUUCACUAGCGCUACAAUCUCCAGAAAAACGAUGUGUCUUCGUAACCAAGUAAAAUGGCGGACAUAACUGAAGUCUUGUCUUCGUCUCGUUUUCGUCCGACCAACAUUAAAGUGCUUUUACUUCUGUUCACCGAGUAUCCCUUUUCGCUGCCUUCACGUACAGGAAACACAUUUGUAAUAGGUUUCAUGUUUUACCGGGGGAUACUCCCGCGAAUUUUGGAUAGGGGUGUGCCGCGAAGGUUCAUGAACCCUAACCCUAUUUAAGGACUAAGAAAGCGAAAACUGGUACCCUUAAGGCCCAAAGCGGAAAAAUGACACCCUAUUCAAGGAAAGAACAAAAUUAUUCAUAGCAUGGAAAGGAAAACUCAAUUUCUUUUCUGUAACAUUGGAUGUAUAGCAUCAAGCAUAAAAUACUAGAAUACUUAGACAGAUACAUCAAGUUUAAAAGAAACCGUUCGUUUAGGCGGGCAUUUUCACUUUGCAGUAUUAGAUAAAACAAUUAAGCUACCCUAUCUAAGGACCACACCAGGGACACAGAAACAAAAGGGUCAAAAAAGAUACCCUAUUUAAGGACCGAGAACCUCAAAAACCAUACCCUAUUCCGCGGCAGGUACCUAUAUAGCCCAUAUAUGGGAGUAACCCCCGGGGGAUGUUUUAUCGGUGUUUAUUGGGGGUAGUAACUCAUGAAAACUGCGAUGAGACGAGAGUACUUUUGUUCCCAUUUCUUGCUCUACCUUCACAAGGCCCGGCUACCUGGCUAUUACUUUCUGCAAUCGAUGUUCACGAAACCCAGCGCGUUGGCAUGUGUUAGUGAAGUUUUCAGCCCUUAAAUAAUAAUCAACCUGAAGAAACUGACAAAAUGUGUAGAAAAAUGAACAGCCAGAAAGGAACCUUGUAAGUUUUGGGGUUUUUUUUUGCUAUCAUUCGCAAAGUUGUUUACUUGUGAUCAUGACCUGUGACCUGAUUUUUGUACCUGCUGCAACCUCAUACUGUGUGUGAUAAGGAGGGCGGGGUGAAGUUAAAAAAAAAAUCUUGACCCUGGAAUUAAUCAUAUUGAUUAUUUUAUCUAUGUUUGAAUGAUUCUAGGCUUUCUUAGUCACAAGGGACAGGAGCUCUUGAAUUUAAAAAAUGGAACAUUCUUAUGAGGAACUGAAAGCUUGUAUUGAGUAUCAAUUAGGAGAAGCUGUUUUAGAUCUGAGGAGAAAAAGACUUUCCAAGGUACCUGAUGCAGUCACUGAACUGAGUGAACUGGGAGUACUUCUGCUGAAUGAAAAUAACCUGACAGAAUUACCAAAAAGUAUUUGCAAGUUAAAAAAUCUUAGAAGCCUCAACUUGGAUCAUAAUCGUGUAACCCAUUUACCUGAUGACAUUGGUGACCUGAAGGAGCUGAGGGAGCUGAGUGUGAGCAACAACCAGUUAGUUUGUUUACCGAGCAGUAUUUUGAGGCUGAACUGGCUUUCCAAGCUGAACGUGUCUGGUAACAGAUUAUCUGACUUUCCUACAGUUAAUGUUGGACAGCUGGUAAAUCUGAAGAACCUGCGGGUUAGUGGUAAUCCUUUAAAUGUUGAUGCAUUAAGAACUAUUCUGAAAUUAAGAUGGCGAGGAAGGCGUGGAAUGUACAUAGAUAUUAGAGGUAAGAAUCUUCAUUAAUAAAUGAACAGCUCAAAAUUUUUGAUUGAUUUGAUUGUUUGUCAAAGCCAUAGAUAAUUUUUAAAUUAUGAAGUCUCAGUCUGUAUAUGCACUCUGAUUGGUGAAUUUCAUGGGUUGUACAUGUACAUGUAUUAAUUUACUGCUAAAUUUGAAAGUUUCCUUUCCUACGUGCCCAGUUAACCUCAGAGAUAUAUAAUAAAUUUCUUUAGUACAUACUAAAACAGUGGAUAGUUUUCACGUGCUCUGAGUUUUCACGUGCUCUGGCUACUCAAUCAGUGAAUAACCUAGCCUCCCGGGGUCCUUUAGGAAUUUCUGGGUGGGGAUGUGCCACUGGGACCCUGGAACCUUUAACCUAUACCAGAGCUAGUUGAGCUGAGUUUUGCUACCCUAUACUAGAGUAAACUCCCCAAAUUCCCCCUAUCCUAGAGUAGCUGUUUCUCUAGUCAAGGUAAAAUCUUCAACCAACUGAUCAAUUUCCUGAAAAAUGAUAACCUAUUCUACACCCAAACUCACUGAUUUAUAUACCCUAUGCUAGAGUAAACUGCUUGAGAACCAUACCCUUCACAGCGGCACAUACCUAUAUAGCCCAUAUAUGGCAGUGCCCCCCCGGCCUAGCCUGCACUAUUCACUGAUUCACCUCCAUUUGCUCCGAGCGAGCGAUGCCAAACUCGCAUAAAUUGCAAGCAAAAUGCCUUCCCUGUUUGCUGCCGUAACAAACAAAGAAAUUUCACAACUAAUCAAGCAAGCUGUUCCCAAAAUACACGAAGAAGGUGACGAAGUUCGGUUUGGGAGUUUUAACAGGUAAAGCUUUGUCUUUUUGACUUGAAUUUAUUGAUAAAACCGGUAAAAAAGUUUUCUGUUUACAAAUACAAAAUAAUUAAGCUUAAGUCUUGUGUUACCUUAUUUAGUUGACUUGUCCAUAAGUAAGCUUAAAACUAAAUUUAAUGAUCUUUUUUACAGAAUGAUUUUAAAUACAAAAAGAAUUCACAACUCCUUUUGAAGAAAUUUCCCCGCAAGAGCUAAGCAAAUGCCUUCAGAAGUGUCAUUUGUCCGCAAGAAAAAGUGACGACCACGGCUGUUUGGUCAUUGCGUGCCAAAAUUAUAAUCGUUGGCAACAGUAAAUGAGUUAAAAAAUCAUCAUUUUUGUGCUCAAUUAUGUCACUGUUUUAGUACAUACUAAAACAAUUUAAUUCACUUCAGUGUCAGUGGCUAGUGGUGGUUAUUUACCAGGUGUCUCAGUUAAUAUACCACCACUAGCCACCUCCACUUUGGUGAAUUUAUUGUUAUUUAGUUACUAAACUGAGUUUCUUUGUCUGUACUGUAAAUUACAGACCCUCCUUUUUUCCUGUUGGUACGUUCUGUGCACUCUGUGUGUGGGUCAUAAAUCAAGUGGAAAAAUGUGGUCUGUAACUUACAGCAGUACGGACCAACCACGAUUGCCAAAGGCGCGAGCCUCCAGGGGGGUCUGGGGGCAUGCUCUCCCAGGAAAAAUUUAAAGAUAUGUGCCUCUAGGGUGCGUUUUCCUGCAUUUUGAGACCACAAAUUAUGAAUGAAAACCUGGCACAAAGUCGAGGCAAUCCAAUUACCAGACCCAAAAGUAUCGCAGGCUCAUGCUCGGAUGCCAUAAGGGUAAAAAUGGCUGAGAAACCCUAGAAAAACAGCUAAGAAUUGUGCUGAAAAGACUGGAAGAGUUUUAAAAACCAGGAGAAUAUUAAGUGAAAAUGGGAGGCCGGAAAUGUUUAAAAUGGGAGGUUUCCGGCCAAAACGGAACCGUUGGAAUCUCUGUAUUUACUAGGUACUCAAUUACAAACCUGUUAAUGGGGCUAUGUCACAGCCGUCCAGUUUUUGUUUUUCUGUAUGGGCAUAUCCUUAUUUGGCCUAAAUGGGUAAGUGCCACUAAACAGGGUGUGGUUUUCUGGGUCUUGAGUCUUAACCAAGGUACACAAUUUCACUGUUUAGCAUCUUGAAGAGGGUAUCUGUUUGGACCAUAAGCCUUAAAGAGAAUGUGAAAGUUAGUGGUGAGACUGGUCUACAUUUGUGGUACCAACAAUUUUUUCCGAAAAAACCUGUAAUACCAUGAUGUUAGUUUAAAAAAUUACCUAAUUCUGUAUGCAAAAAAAAAAAAAGAAUCACAGUCAUAAAGUAAGGUCUCUUUUCUUAAACAGGGUAGUGAAGUGAAUGAUUUUUGUCUUAACAGGGUAAGGAUUUAAAGGCCUCGGUGGCAACACCUCCACCCAUACUUCCUAUGAGUGCAUCCCCCACCCCCCAGGCGCAGCCUCUGCUCACAUACUUGUUAUGGAAAUUAACUUUAGCUGGGAAGAAAUAUUAUUGUACAUGACACAUUUACGUGACAAACAAAAUAAUACUCCUGAGCAUCACAUUUAAAUUUGCAAGGAAUAGAGAUAAAUGUUGAAAACCUGUUCAGCAGGUCAUGUAUACUGCCAAUGAUAAACAAUAUUUGGGGUAGCCUCCCAUGCAGGCAUUUUUUGGGGAGUCAUAUUUCCUCCCUCACCAUUUGUGGGGAGGGAAGAAAUUUGACUCCCCUAAAAAUGCCCGCGUGGAAGGCAAUGUUUGGGGUAGAAUUAAGCAAACGUAAAUUUUCAUUUUCUCCAGCCCCUACAGAAAUUGAUGCACGAGGAGAAAGGGCACAGCUUGCUUAUAGAAGUGCUCUUAGAGAUGGAGCUGUCAAUGUUUACCGUGGGCGAAUAUUGCUGAUUGGUCAGGACCGG